UCUCAACAAAAGUGACGAUCCGAGUAUCACGAAGAACGAAGAAAAUUUCCUUUCUCCUCUUUCUUAUUUGGCAGUAAGUCUUGAUUGCUGAGAGAAUCAGAGAUCUUCGAGAAAUGGCAUCUGUCAGUUUGAUCAACGCCUCGACGACACUUACCUGCUUGCGAUGCAGCAGCUCAAGCUUCGUGAGUGGCAGCAAGCAGCUACUCAGCGCGCCUGCAGCCGCCAGCACCCGAAUGCUGGCUCUCCGCGCACAACCCGUCUGCAAAAGCCAGGAUGGUUUCAGCGCUGAGAGCAUCGCCAAGGAGGUCAAGAAGGUGGCGGCUGCCACCGCCGCAGCAUUGCUUCUCUCUGGGUCCGUAGCGGACCCGACCUUCGCCUUUACUGGAAACGCAUCUCUCGGGUCCAUCACCGAGUUAUCUGCCGACAACCCUCUCGGAGCCGCCGAGGACAUUUUGAACAAGGCGAAGCAGGUCGGGAAUGAGAAUUUCGCCCAAGCUCAGAGGACUGGGGCGGAGACCGUAGGCGAGACAGCCAGCGCUCCACCCGGAACAGCUCCACCUGCCAUCAGUCAGCUGAACUUGAAGGACGAAGGAACGAGUACUCCCAAUUCCGACGCAAUUGAAGCUCGUGCCGAUUUCGCCGCCGAGAAUGCACCGGGGACGAGCCAGCAGGAGGGCAAAGCUCUGAACCCGAUCGAGAAGGCUUUCGCCACUCCCACGCGGGGCAUCGGCGACAAGCUUGGCGAGAAUGUCGCCCAGCUCUCGAACAGGGACGAGAAGAACAAGACCGACAUUCCCGGCCAAGGGACGUCCGGCGACUCGUCGCCGGGAGUGUUCGACGGCCUAUUCAGCACGCUGCGUGAGUCCGCCGGCAACCGGGACGGUCGGAAGCCGGCCACCCAGAACGUGUACGGCACAGAUGCCUCUUAGAUUGCAUCUGGCCUUCUGUAUAGUAGACGUACGAUACGUACGUAGACGAUUUUAGAUCUUGUAAUUUUACACCACGUUGUACUAAUGCUGUACAUUUUGAAUAAACUUGUACGUGGAGAAGC